UGCGUUGGGCAUGAAGGGAUCUGGCAUUAGUCUUUCCUUCCAUAUAUAUAUAUAUAUAUAUAGCAGCAAUAAUAUGCGAGUGAAAUUGGAAGCUUUCAUUUAAAUUCUGAUCAAGCCAAAAUCUGAUUCAUGUUAAUGCUUAUAUGAUUUGUGGAAUUAAUUAAUGCUGGUUGGACGCUGCGUUCUUAAUUGAGAUAAACAAGUACUCGUAACAAUCCCGCCCAAAUUUCUUCAAAGCAUUUCAGAUAAUUAAGAAGUAGCAGCAAUGUCAAUGGCAUUUAAGCAAUAUUGUUUAAGAUGUGGUGAAGGUUUGAUCUUAAAUGAAGAGAUAAAAAAGGAUGGUAAAGUUCAUUAUUGUCAAAUGUGCGAGCAACGAGUAAGGGAUCCUAAUUAUUACAGUUGCGAGGUGUGCAAUGGCGUCCUUCAUAAAUCAUGUGGCGAACGACCCCAAGAGAUGCAGCAUCCGUUGCACUCGGAACAUACCCUUGAGAUCGCUAGAGGAUAUAGGAAAAAAUGCCAUGGCUGCUGUGAAGAAUGGACGGGCUACCUAUAUGAGUGUUCUCACUGCAAUUUUUAUCUUGAUCCAAAAUGCGCUUUUCUCCCCCUCACCAUAAAAGCUGAAAGUCAUGACCAUCAUUUGAUCCUCCUUCAAAAAUCAUUCCUGUUCACUUGCGAUACUUGUGGGAAAGAAAGCAAGUGCAUGUCCUACUUUUGUAUCACCUGCUCAUUCGUAGUUCACACGCAAUGCGCUCUCAUUCCAUCGACUCUCAAAGUAACAAGUCACGACCACCCUUUGAGUUUGAACCUCAAAUACUCUCAUCAGCUCAACCAAUCCGAGAAUCAACAAAUUUGCCAACUCUGUGUUCGAAAGGUGGACACAAAAUACAAAGCUUAUUAUUGCUCGAGUUGUGAUUUUGCUGCACAUCCACGUUGUGCUGCAGAAAUCGACAUCAGGGAUGAGACAUUUGACCUGGAACUCAAAGAUGAUCAGCCUAUUGAGACCCACCUUCUUGGGCCUGAUGAAUCGACUACCACGUUAGCUAAGAUCAACCCGAGAAAUGGAAAAGCUGAAAUCGUCACAGAGAUCGAACAUAUAUGGCAUAAACAUCACUUAAAGCUUGCAGUCGAGCUAGAGAACAAUGAAAAAUGUGACGGGUGUGCACGGUAUCUUUCCUCUUUGCAAUAUUAUUGUUGUUUACAAUGCAAGUUCUUUCUUCACAAAUCUUGUGCUGAUUUACCCAGAAAAAAAUUACACCCACUCCAUAAACAUCCGCUCACCCUCCAAACACCCCCAAACAAACCCCAAAAUCUAAGUCCUUAUGGCCCUGAAAUCUUUCGUUGUGGUGCUUGUGGACGAUCAGCUAAUGGUCUCGUAUACAGUUGUGAUGACUGCCGCUUUCAGCUCGAUGUCCCUUGUAGUUUGAUACCAACCAAAUUUACCCAUGUGGGUCAUGAGCACCCACUUUUUCUUUUGAGCACAGACGUAGGUAAAGGCAAAUGUACCUCCUGUGGCCAAGUUAGCCGUCUGUUCAUACGUUGUGCUGAUUGUGAAUUUUCUAUGGACAUGGAAUGCGCUACACUACCGCUUACCACAAAAUAUGAGCACUAUGAGCAAUCCUUCAGACUCUCUUACACCGUUGAGGACGACUCUGAUGACUUAUACUACUGUGAUAUUUGCGAGAAAGAGCGAGAUCCGGAGCAUUGGUUCUACUAUUGUAAAGAUCUCCAAUUUGCUGCUCAUCCAAAAUGUAUUCUGGGGAAUUGGCCACUUAUCAAGUUUGGGCGCACUUACAUAUACGACGUCCACCAGCAUCCUCUAACUUUUGUUGAGAGGACCACGGAUCAUCCUAAGUGUCGAGCUUGUGGUAGUAAAUCUGGCUAUCCAUUAAUCCAUGUAUGUGACAAAUGUGAUCAUUUCGUUCUUGAUCAUUGGUGUUUUGAGGGAAAUGAUCAACAAGAAAUGACAUAUAUAUAAUAUAUAGCUGUUGCGCGAGCAUGCAAGCAUCUAGUAGCUACCUGCAGAUUGAAAUUGGAAGCAAGCAGGUAGCUAGCUAGCAUCUACAGUACUACUCUGUCUUGGGCGGGUGAAUAAAAUCCUCCGUCAUGAGGUUAUUGAUGAUGAUGAUGAUGAAAGAAGAAUGCAAUAUUAUGGAUUUUAGACAUUAUAAAUUGAAUGGUAGGUAAAGAAGAUGAUGAUCUCAUGCAUGGAUGGUUGUAAAUCAAUAUUAUUAUACAUAUGGUGGUGUUGUAACGUACUACUAGCUAGUACUGGUAUUUAAUUAAUAAAUAAAUUAUUGUGUUUGAAAUA